AUGGAUGGCUGCGCGCGUUGGAGCGGAAUCCCCGCGCUGCUGCUGAAUGCCUCGCAGCCGAUCCCCUCGCCGUUGCUGCGGAAUGAGUGCCAUCGCUGUGGGUCGGACUUCGAACACAUGGAGGUGCCAUGGCACCAUCCAACUGCGAGCUGCUUGCGGCAGGCGUCUGGGCGGCAGCCGGCCGUGGCGCUGGAUGCGAGCUUGAGCCUGCAGGGCAUCAACAGUGGCAGCAGCCGCUACGAGGUCGUGCAGUUCAUCGCCGCGUGCGAGGGCCGGCGCCUCUUCUGGGCGCUGCUGAUGAACAAGGUGACGGUGGGCGCUCGGCGGCUUGGGGAGAACCGCCAUGCCAUGCUGCUGUGUGUGCCGCGAACCUGUGACGAGACCGCCGCCGCCUACUGGUUGGCCCCUGCCUUUAUCGAGACCGAGACCUUCGAAGGCGUGGCGCAGACCCAGUCGCCGCUGUGGCGUCGCUCCUGCGAGCGCCCGGACCACGUGGUGCUGGCACCGCGGAUGGCCGUCAAGGCUGAGGAGGAGGGGGAGUUUGCUAAGAUCGUUUUGGAGUCGGGCGAGCGGCCCCCGUGGACGCUGUGGUCCAAGGAGCUGCGCGGCGCGCCGCUGGUCUACGCGCUGCUGCCCCAGCCGUUGGCGCCGGUCCGCCGGGGCGCCCGCGGCCAGACGGGCGCGGGCGGCGCGGGUGCGGCCGUGCUCUUCGCCGGCGAUUGGCGCGUGGAAGAGCGCUCUUUGGCCUCCAUCGCGCGGCACCUGGUCCACCCGCUGAAGGCCACGGUGUUGGCCGUGCUCAGCGCCUCCCCGCGUGGUUCGGAUCACGAAGUGAACCGCACGCGGGGGUCGAAGGCUGCACGGGCGGUGCAAGCCAAGGGAGUGCUGAAGCGCUUCUUUCCUGCCCUGGCAGGCGUCCGCUGGGUGGAGGACCUCUCCACUGAGGCCUUGCGGUCGCUGGUGGCGCCCAAGGCCCUGGCGCUCUACGAGACCCUGGGCGGCGGCGCCGUGGCGCCGCUGCGGCGCAGCGCGCUGGGGGGGCAGCUGCACUCACUGCGGAAGAUGCAGCUGGCCUGGCGGAUGGUGGAGUGCUACGAGCGGAAGCGGAAGCGGCGCUUCAAGUGGUUGCUGUAUAGCCGUUUGGACUUGAUCUGGGUGGCGGAUCACCCGCCCCUGCGGCUCUUCGAGCCGCCGGACGCGGUCUGGACGGUGCCGCUGGCCGGGGCGCAGGAGGUGAAGGAGACGAUCUUCGCCGCGAACGACUGGCACGGCCUCGUGCCGCGCGCUUCGCGCUUCGUGGCGGCCUACUUCGGGCGCUGGGCCCUGCUGCGGAAGGGGCUGCCAUGGCAGCCGCUCCUCGAGCCCGAGGAGCUUUUGGCAUCCGUUUGCCACUGGCUGACGCUUGGAACGCACUCUUCCCGUGUACUCCUGGGAGGUACGACGCGCACAUCCCAUGGAAGUGGACAAUGGAAUGCGACCUAUUUACUAUGA